GUGUGCUUAAAGGAGUCAUUCCAACAAAUGAUGAGGCAAAAAGCUGAUGAAGGACUCCCCCAUCUGGAAGAAAAGACACCCAACACUCCUGGAGAGACUUUAUCAGACAUGAACAUUGCCCCAACGGCUUUCAUUCUGAACCCUAGCUGUGUGGUGUGUCUCCCCGUGGUCUCUGACAGUCAGACGCUUAUAUGGGUGUCCUCAAGCGAGAUCAACCUACAGCUGGACGGUGCAGCCAAGCUGGACGAGGCCUUCAACCGGUUUCCAUACCUGACAAAGAAACAGACAGUUGCUCUGGCGCAGCGCUGCUCUCUGCACCCGGACCAGGUGAAGGUGUGGUUCAUGGCACAGAGGCUCCGCUAUGGCAUCAGCUGGGACUAUAAAGACAUCCCCAAUGUUCGGAAGAAGUUAAUGUCAGGUCAGGGAAAGGAAGAUCUGCAAAACAGGAACGGGGAAGAGGUAAAAGAGGAUGGAGGAGAGAAUAAGAAAUGCAAUAGAGAGGUAAAAGAGCCUGUUGGGAAGAAGGCAGGAGAGGUUCGGGAGGAGCAGACUGCAAGUGAGGGAAGGAUGAUGGGAGAAAACGUGAGGGCUAAUGAGCGUUUAGAGAAAAAAAUGAAGAAAGAUAAGGACAGAAAAGAAGAAGACAAAAGGAAUACGCAGAAAAAGCGCAAAAGGACGACAGUGACGGACAAGAUGGGAAAGAAGAGAGUGAAGCAAGGGGGAGAAGGUGUUGUGGAGAGAGCAGAGGAAGUAGAAAUAAGAAGCGAAGGAGCUGAGAAGGAGUGUCAAACAUCCACUCAGGAGGAGACGACACAUUUCACCAGAAAGAAGAAGAAGGCAAAAGCGAACAAAAGUUUACUGUCCAUCCAAGAGAGGAGCUUUGUGGUGCCUGAUGAACUGCUGGAUGCAAGGCCUCAGCUCAUCCCCCCGUCUCAGACUCAGGCCUUUGAUGUGCCUCCUCUGACUGACAGCCACACAGAGCUGCUGAAAAGAGUCGACGCUUCCACCUCAAGUAUUCCUAUGACCCCUGAGAAAAGAGGCUUUGAGGAGAAAACAGAAACGCAGACGCACGCAGAGUCAACCAACCACAAUUAUUGCGUCACUGAUGUUGGAAAACUUAAGGAGCUCAUUGAGGUGAACAAUAAUCUUGUUGCAGACGGUUCACCCACAGCGACCCAACGGAAGGAUUCUCAUGUGGCCGACUCAUGCAUGCUUCCCAUCCGUCGGGCCCGCUUCAAGGCAAAGACGCGGACCCAGCUGGCGACGAUGAAGUUGGCUUUCUCGCAGUGCCAGUACCCAGACACGGAGCACUACAACCGACUGGCGAUAGUGAUCGACAUCCCCCGCUACCUGUUGGUUCAGUGGUUCGGUGACAUGCGCUAUUACGUCAAGAAGUGCAGACCACGCUGGCUGACUCAGGAGCAGUACAGCAGGGUGCUGGCCAACAUCCGGUACAGGCAGUAUUUGAACGCGCGGGUUAAGAUGCAGCCACAAAUGGCCGACGAUAAAGUCGACGGAGAACCAACCUGGAAGAUAAAGCUCGACGGGAUUGAAAGCUGUGACGAGGAGGAAAGUGUGCCGGGGGCCUCCAGGGGAGAAAUGAUGCCGCAGUCUGUGAACUUAAUGUCCCUCUGA